ACAUAUCGACAUUACACUCUGGUGACUUAUUCUUCAUUGUGGAAUUUUACUUGUCUUCCUGUAAGUGUGCCAGAGAAUUUCAGUAUUUCUCUGAGAGUUGGGGGGUGGUUAUGCGUCGUACUAUGUAGUAUUUUAAACACAUUUUGAAACUGCCAAGUUUUUUUGUGGUGCUUUUUUUUUUUUUUUGACAAAAGAGGCACACCUCUGUCACCGCUCUGUCACCAGAGGAAAUCAAAAAGAGGAAGAUUUACAUACGGCUCUGUCAGACAUUUUUUUACAAGGACGUUUCUUUGUUUGCUGCAGAAAAAAGUUUAAAUAAUGUAUUCAAAAUGAAUUAACAAGGACUUGCAUCACAUGGGAUACUGACAAAUCAAAGGAAAUGUCUUUGCCCUUGAUUUUUCUGUUGUUGCACUUCCAACUUAUCUUUUCUGGUGUUGCCCAUGCACAAGUAUGCACUAAGACUAGAGCAAACAACUGCCAGGAAUGUAUCCAAUCUGGUGCGCACUGCGCUUGGUGUAAGAAGCUGAAUUUCACCACUGCAGGCGAGCCAGACUCUGCCCGAUGCGACACCGUAAAUGUACUAGUUGGGCGGGGCUGUAAUGAGACAGAUAUCACCAAUCCUCAAAGUACAGUAUUACCUGAACGCUCCCAACCAAAAGAUGAUAGCGUGCAGCUGACACCAGGGCGGAUCAGGCUGCAGUUGCGACCAGGCAAAACUGGUGAAUUUGAAGUGAAAUUUAGACGGGCAGAAGGCUAUCCUGUGGAUUUAUACUAUCUUAUGGACCUUUCCUUUUCCAUGAUUGAUGACCUUAUAAAUGUAAAAUCACUUGGAGAUAAUCUGCUUAAUGCCUUAAAUAAAAUAACAAAGUCUGCCCGAAUAGGUUUUGGUUCCUUUGUGGAUAAAACUGUACUGCCAUUUGUGAGCACACAUCCAGAACAGCUAAAGAACCCUUGCCCAGAUAAAACUAUAGCUUGCCAACCUCCCUUUUCCUUCAAACAUAUCCUCACUCUUACCCCUGAUGGAGAUAAGUUUAAAAAGCAGGUUGGAGAGCAGUCCAUUUCUGGAAAUCUGGAUUCACCAGAAGGAGGUCUAGACGCCAUGAUGCAAGUGGCAGUUUGUGGGGAUAAGAUUGGGUGGAGGAAUGUCACCAGGCUACUGGUGUAUGCUACAGAUGAUGGAUUUCAUAUUGCUGGAGAUGGUAAACUUGCAGCUAUUCUAACCCCAAAUGAUGGAACAUGUCACCUGGAUAACAAUAGUUAUGAGAAGAGUACUGAGUUUGAUUACCCUUCAGUUGGACAGCUAGCCCAGAUGCUUUCGAGGAAUAACAUACAGGUUGUGUUUGCAGUCACUUCCAAUAUGGUUAAAACAUAUGAGGCUCUCAGUAGGCUAAUUCCCAAAUCGGUGGUUGGUAUACUAUCUCCUGAUUCAAGUAAUGUUAUCCAGCUAAUUACAGAGGCUUACCAGAAUUUGUCAUCUGAAGUUAUUCUGGAUCAUGGAGUCACACCUGACUCCUUGGAUAUUUUGUAUGAUUCACAUUGCUCCAAUGGUGUCACCAAUAAAGACCAAUUGAAAGGAGAAUGCAGCAAUGUCAAGAUCAAUGAGGAGAUCACAUUCAAAGUUAAAGUCACAGCAAAAAAGUGCCUUCCAAAUCAAACUCUCUCAAUUCGCGCGCUGGGAUUUACAGACAAAGUGGAAGUUGCUAUCAUGACUGCAUGUGACUGUAUAUGCAAAGAUGAAGUAGAGAGUGAGGCCUGCAACUCUAAUGGGCAUAUUGAAUGUGGAAUCUGCAGAUGCAAGAAGGGUCAUGUCGGGAAGAACUGUGAGUGUGUAACUGGUGGUAAAACAAAUCAGGAAUUGGAACAGAGCUGUAGAAAGGACAACAGCUCAGCUGUGUGCUCUGGAGCUGGAGAGUGCAUAUGUGGUCAAUGUACCUGCAAUCCAAAUGAGGACCCUACAAAAAGAAUCUAUGGACAAUAUUGUCAGUGCGACAACUUUAACUGUGAAAUGUUUAAUAGUAAGGUGUGCGGUGGACAAGGGACAUGCGACUGUGGCAGCUGCAUAUGUAAUGUAGACUAUGAAGGAAGUGCUUGUCAAUGUCUAAAAUCUACUAAGAACUGUAAGAACACCAGAGGAAGCAUAUGCAGUGGUCGAGGGAAGUGUGAGUGUAACAAAUGCACCUGUAAAGAUGGUUAUAUCCCACCAUUCUGUGAGACCUGUCCAGGCUGCCCUUCUCAGUGUCCACGUUUUGGACCUUGUGUUGAAUGCUAUAUAAAGCAAGGGGAACAGAGCUCCAAGAACUGUACAAAUGCUUGCCCUGGUGUAACAGCCGAAAAAGUGGAACAGCUAACAGAAGAGACAUUCUGCAGGGAGAAGGAUUCAGAAAACUGCUGGAUGCAGUAUGUAUUACAUGAAAAAGAUGGGGAAGAGCAAUACACCAUAAAGUAUACCUUAAAAAGAGAGUGUCCUGAAGCCCCCAACGUUAUUGCCAUUGUGGGAGGAACCAUUGCAGGUGUGCUUCUUAUUGGUGUAAUCUGUCUUCUUAUCUGGAAAUUUUUUACUGAAUUAAACGAUAGAAGAGAGUACCGGCGAUUUGAGAUGGAACAACAAAAGGCCAAAUGGAACAAGAAUAUCAACCCGAUAUUUACUAAUGCAACCACCACUGUGAAGAAUCCACACUUUGAUGGUGACGAAUAAAUUAAGAGCCAAUAGCAAGCACUGGAGAGACAACUAGCCACCUCUUUCUUCCUUGACAUUCACGAUUACAAUUUAUAACAUCGAAGAAUGGUAAAAUGCAUUUUACUCAACUUUACUUUGGAGGACAUGAAAAUCUCAAAAGGAAAUUGUUCGUAAUCUGAAAAACAAGAACAAGUAUCACUGCAGUCUGUUACUCAAGUGCAAUAUCAAUACCUUCUUACUUCUCUGAAAACAGUUCUAGAAGACUAUAAGCCUGUGUAUGUUCUUGCCUGCAUUAGCGACAAGCUUUAUUGUUGUUUUUUCUCCCCAAAAGUGCUAGAACAAAAAAAAAAGGACAAGAAAGAUGCAGUCAGGUGUAAAGACUUUGGGUAGGUCAGAUGUACUAAAAUGUUUAAUGCUAAGUUUGCAUAACCAUCAAGACAUCUGAAAGCAAGAUUUUAAUUAAAUCAUCUAGGUCUGAAAUAUUUGCACAUUUUACAUUAUCCCUUCUAUUUCUUUAUAUGGAUGAUGGCAAGGUAAUUAUUUUUAU